UUUGCACUUUACAACACUGCAGACCGAAUAGAAUGUCAAAACAAUUUGGCUUAAUAAUACCUGGACAGCAGAAGCCGAAGCCUGCGGCAAAGCCAACUCAGGCACCGACCAGGCCGUCCAUUUUCGACGAGAGCAGCAACAGUUCUGACAAUGAAGAUGACACCGCCGGCGCGCCACAAAAGCGACCCAGUGGCAAAUCCGCUGUGGUUAGUGGACCCAGUCUAAUGGAGAGGCGUGUGGCACGUAAUAUGCAGGAGAAGGCCUUGGCCGAGGAUCCCACCAUAUUUCAGUAUGACGAGCUCUACGACGACAUGGACAACAAGCGGGAGGAGGCCAAGGAAACCAAAAGGCAAGAACCACGCAAGGCCAAAUACAUAAGUCGACUCAUGGAGCAUGCGGAGCGACGAAAGCUGGAGAACGAGUUGCGCAUUGAGCGACAAGUGCAAAAGGAUCGCGAAGCCGAGGGUGAAAUGUACAAGGACAAGGAUACAUAUGUAACGGCAGCAUAUCGCAAGAAGCUCGAGUCCAUACGACAGCUGCAGGAACAGGAUGAGCGGGAUGAGUACCUGGAGUCCAUUGGUGAUGUAACCAAACAAAAGGAUCUCGACGGCUUCUAUCGACAUUUGUAUGAACAGAAAUUGGGCACACAAACGGUGCUGAAGCCAAAAACCGCACCUAGCACCGAAGAUGUUGCCUAUAAACCCAUAAAGUCGGAUGUGCCCAAAUCCAGUAAACAGCGUACGUACAGAAGACAACAUAGCUCGGAGGAUGAGGAGCAGGAGAAGGCAGAGUUAAAGGCAGUCACAGAGUCAGAGUUGAAGCCGACAGGCAGCAGUAGCAACAAGGCGCAUUUGCCCAACAACAUAGAUGCAGAUUCGGACUUUAGCAUUGACUCCAGCGAUGAGGAAGAUGAGGAGGACCAGGAGAAGCAGAAACAGGAUGAGAAGAAGGAGCAAAAGCAGCAGCCAGCAGCUACAGCUGAUAAUGGUAAACAAAAGCAAACAGAUCAGCAGACAGAGUCGGAAACAAAGCAGACAUCUAAAGAAGACAUUGAUAAAGACAGUGAUAGCGAUAAAGACAGUGACAGCAACUUGGUAAAGGAACCUCUUGCUCCCACUGUUGUCGUCGUCAAGCCAACCGUCGAUCGCACUCAAAUCUGGCGCAAACGCACCAUAGGCCAAGUUUUUAACGACGCUCUUUCCCGCUACCACGAACGCAAGUUGUCCAGACGCGCCUGAUCCAGAUACUAAUAUUAGUCCUUAGACUAAUGCAAUCUGUUACCAUCAAUGUUGGGCAUUUAACGCCACUUCAAAGUACAACUAUUUGCUUAUUAUGUUAAUUUCAAAUACCUAUGUAUAUCUAUCUGUAUAGUAUACAUGUACAUAAAUAAUGCAUGCGCUUCCUUUGCGCAAAUAUUUUGCCAACAGGCAUUUGCAUAGCCCAGAAAACAAGACGACAAAGAUAUUCCAUUUAUCUUAUAUGCACGACCAAAAAAAAGUAAAAAUAAAGAAAAGGAAAAGGGGAAA